AUGGAUACAUUUUUUGAAGAAAUUGGAUCCAAUAAUUUAAAUUCAUUCAACGAUACUCAGAAAAAUGAACUAUUAGAAGUUAUAAAAAAAACUAUUACUUUUGUUCAAAAUAAUAAUGAAAAUAGUAAUGACAGUAUCAAUAUUAUAAACAAUAAUAAUAAUAAUAAUAAUAGUAAUAAUAGUAAUAUCAACUAUAUUAGUAUUAGUAAUAGUAUAAAUAACAAUAUUAAUAAUAAUUGUAAAUUCGAUUUUGCAAAAAAUAAAAAAUUUUUAACUCAUAGCUUUAAAGAUUUUAUAUUUAUGAGAGAUUUAUUUUUAAUUAAAUACCCAGGACUAUAUAGUUUGAUUCGAUGGACCACCGAAAUAAAAAAGUUACCAAAUGAAAGUUUUGGAAAAGAUAAUUUAAAUGAUUGGCAAAACUUUGAUUUAUAUAGACAGGUUCAAUAUAAAGAUUUGGUUUUUAAAUUUGCAAUAUAUUUAAAAGAACAAAAUCCAAAAUACUCAAUAGAAUCAAUCGAAGAUAUCAAUGUAGAACCAUAUUUAAAUGAUAUAGAGAUUCAUAAAAUUCAAUUUCACAUUAUAGAGCAUUUCAACUAUCAAGUUAAAAAACAAUUAGAAAAUCAUUUUUAUAAAAAAUUCGAUACUCUUUAUAUAUCUGGUGAUCCAAAACAACAAUUUGAAACCAUUUUAGAUGCAUUCCCAAAAAACAGUUUUAUAUACUGUAGUUUAAACCAUAUAUACGAAAAUAAUAAUAAUAAUAAAAUCGAUAUAAGAUAUCUUACUUUUAGACUACUUUUUGAUGGUUGUAGAUUUAAAAUUAAUAGAGAAAAUAAAAAAGGUAAUUAUUCAAUCGAUAAUUAUAAAAAUAUUAUUUUACCCUAUUACAAAACAGACAAUAUCGAUUGCCAAAUUACCAAUAAUAAUAAUAAACACUAUAUUGAUUUAAAAAAUAAUCAACCAAAAAAAAAACUACUUAUGAAAAGAUUUCUGGAUUCUUUAUCACAAAACCAAUCCUUUUCAUCCUCACCAUAUACCUCCCCAACUACCUCCCCAAUGCCCUCUCCUAUUAGCUACUCUUCACUUCAAAAUAAUUCUCCCGUCCCCUUUUCAUCCUCACCAAAUACCUCCCCAAAUACCUCCACAUACCUAUUAUCUUUAUCCCCUCCUUGCUCACCUGGAUGGACACCCUAA